AUGGGUUUUGCAAGCGGAGCUAGUGUCAGAUCGAUUCAAAGUUCAAGAUCGAGAUCGAUCAAGCAGCUCCCUGUUGAUUCUUCCAACACCUACUCUUCCAAUCUUGUCAUCCAGCAGCUCGGGCGAUCCGGCAACCUCGAAAACGCUCGCGGUGUUUUUGAUAAUCUCCAGCCCAGGAACGUGUUCUCGUGGGGAAUCUUGUUAUCGGCAUAUACCCAGAAUGGGUAUCAUUCAGCUGCAAAGGCCAUGUUUGAAAAGAUGCCGGAGUGGAACGUCGUUUGCUGGACAUCAGCGUUCCAAUCUAUCUCACAAAGCGGCCAUUUGGCCGAUGCCAAGUUCAUGUUUGAUUCUAUGCCCGAGCGUACGGUAGUGACGUGGACGGCCAUGGUCACGGUAUAUGCCCAAACCGGGCAUCUAUCCAAAGCUAAGGCCGUGUUUGAUUCUAUGCCCCAACAUAACGUUGUCUCGCGUACGGCAAUGCUGACGGGUUUUUCUGAAAAGGGAUUGGCGGAGAAUGGACGGCUGGAUUCUGCGAGAGAUCUCUACCACAGGAUGCCACAGCAAAACGUUGUCUCGUGGACUGCCAUGAUUGGCGCAUAUUCCCAGUGUGGGCAUCUUGACCACGCCAGGGCCGUGUUUGAGAUGAUGCCCGACCGCAACGUCGUCUCAUGGACGGCCAUGAUGACUGCCCUUGCCAUCAGCGGGGAUAUCGACGGCGCAAAAGCUACGUUCGAUACCAUGCCCGAGAAAAACGAGGUAUCUUGGUGUCUUAUGGAGGCCGUGUUUGCCCAGAAGGAACGAUUGGAAGAUGCCGGGAAUGUCCUCGCUAAGAUGCCGGUUUGGAGCGUGAUAUCCUGGACCACCAUGCUGGCGGCAUAUUCCCAUGGAGGGCAUCUCUCCAAGGCAGUGGAGGUUUUCGCUGAGAUGCCCGACCGCAAUGCCGUGUCGUGGACAGUGAUGCUCAUGGCAUAUACCCACAACGGGCAUCUUUAUGACGCCCAGAGAAUCUUUGAUGAGAUGCCCGACCGAGGGGUGGCUUCCUGGAGCGCGAUGGUCGCGGCAUAUGCCCAAAAUGGGCGCGCCGCCGCGGCGAGGAAUCUCUAUUGCGCGAUGAAUCAGGAUGGGAUCAAGCCGGACGAGCUCUUCUUCAAGACGAUCCUGGCGGCAUGUAGCCACAUUGGCUCUGUGGACGAGGCCUGGCACUACUUUGUGUCGAUGAUCGCGGAUUACUCCCUAGAGCCCUCGAUGGAUCACUGCUCGGCUAUGGCGGACGCGCUAGGGCGGGCGGGCCGGGUCAAGGACGCCGAGGAGCUCGUCAAAAGCAUGCCCUAUCUCCCCAAUGCGAGCUCCUUGGGAGCCCUCGUUGGAUCGUGUAGAACGAGCAGCGACGUCGAUCGAGGGGCCCAGGCGGCAAAAGCAAUGGCGGAGAUCUUGCCACGCGACUCCGCGCCUUACGUGGCGUUGUCCGGAAUGUGUGCUGAGGUGUAG